AUGCCAAUCAGCUACAGUGAUAUUCACACUAAUAGCGACCGCGACAGUGAGAACAGCAACAGAAUCGACGAAGGCACCGACAUCACCAUUUCCAAUCCACUAGCUGAAACCCAGGGGCUGCUUGUCACAGUGCGGGGGCAGGAAUAUGAAGCGCUAGGAUCAAUACCUGACUCAUGCUUACAACCGGCAGCAAACUCUGACCCGAGCGCUCUUGUACUGGGAUCUUAUGAUAGCUUAGCAGACCAUCAACUAAGCUCCGAAAACAGACCCACACAAUCGAAUGAAAACGUGAACUUCAGUCCACGACUUCGAGAUUUUGAAGACAGCUAUCCAUUCGAUCUUUCAACACACGCUGUCUUCUCUCAACCAUUCGACCUCUCGGCAGGCGCCAUCUUCGCCAGUGUACAGUCGCCCGAAAAUUUGUCGGUUUGCAUUGCGGGACAAGAUCGCUCACCACCGGCUACAGACACUAUGUACAGCUUAAGAACAAACGCGAUCUUCCCAGAUACGACUACAAGCUUCGGUACGGAAGCGGCAGAAAGCUUAAGGGCCGGCACCAUCAACAUCAGACAGAGCCAUAACGAGUAUAUGGCCACGAACGCAGUUUGA